GCUCCCCAGGGAGUCAGUGGGCAGCAGGGACAAUAGCAGACAUGCUGUGUGGGCUCAACCGGGAGACCCCUGAAGAGGCCGACGAUGGGCCUUACUCCAAAGGAGGCAAGGAUGCAGGAGGCGCCGACGUGGCCCUGGCUUGCCGCAGACAGAGCAUUCCAGAGGAGUUCCGAGGGGUCACCGUGGUGGAACUGAUCAAGAAAGAAGGCAGCACGCUGGGCCUGACCAUCUCAGGUGGCACCGACAAGGAUGGGAAGCCCAGGGUCUCCAACCUGAGGCCCGGGGGGCUGGCGGCCAGGAGUGACCUGCUGAACGUGGGCGACUACAUUCGGUCAGUGAACGGGAUCCACCUGACCAGGCUCCGCCACGAUGAGAUCAUCACCCUGCUCAAGAACGUGGGCGAGCGCGUGGUGCUGGAGGUGGAGUAUGAGCUGCCCCCGCCCGCCCCGGAGAACAACCCAGGGAUCAUUUCAAAGACAGUGGACAUCUCGCUCUACAAGGAGGCCAAUAGCUUUGGCUUUGUCCUGAGAGGAGGGGCCCAUGAAGACAGCCACAGGUGUCGCCCACUUGUCCUGACCUAUGUGCGACCUGGGGGCCCUGCCGACAGGGAGGGCUCUCUGAAGGUGGGUGACAGGCUGCUCAGCGUGGACGGGAUCCCCCUGCAUGGGGCCAGCCUCGCCAUGGCCCUGGCCACUCUGCGGCAGUGCAGCCACGAGGCCCUCUUCCAGGUGGAGUAUGACGUGGCCAUUCCAGAUACUGUGGCCAAUGCUUCGGGGCCCCUGAUAGUGGAGAUCACCAAGACGCCGGGGUCCGCCCUGGGAAUCUCACUCACCGCCGGCUCCCACCGGAACAAGCCAGUCAUCACCAUCGACCGCAUCAAGCCGGCCAGCGUGGUGGACAGGAGUGGAGCGCUGCAUGCUGGAGACCACAUCCUGUCCAUCGACGGCACUAGCACGGAGCACUGCUCAUUGCUCGAGGCCACCAAGCUGCUGGCCAGUGUGUCAGAGAAAGUGCAACUGGAGAUCCUGCCUGCGCCCCAAAGUCGGCGGCCCCUGAAGCCCUCAGAGGCAGUGAAGGUGCAGAGAAGUGAGCAACCACAUCGCUGGGCCCCCUGUGUGCCCUCCUGCCACAGCCCCCGGCCCGGCCACUACAGGACGACGCCCACCUGGUCUACACCUGCCGGCCAAGACCAGAGCCGAUCCUUAUCCUCGACUCCAUUUUCCUCGCCGGUCAUGAACCACACCUUGCCCUGCGCCAACCCCAGCACCCUUCCCCGUGGAUCCCAGCCCAUGAGCCCCCGGACCACAAUGGGGCGGAGGAGGCAGCGAAGAAGGGAGCACAAGAGUUCAUUGUCUCUGGCCUCCAGCACCGUGGGGCCAGGCGGGCAGAUCGUGCACACAGAGACCACGGAGGUUGUGCUCUGCGGCGACCCCCUCAGCGGCUUCGGCCUCCAGCUCCAGGGCGGCAUCUUCGCCACCGAGACCCUGUCCUCCCCGCCCCUGGUGCGCUUCAUCGAGCCCGACAGCCCGGCCGAGAGGUGUGGGCUGCUGCAGGUGGGGGACCGCGUGCUGUCCAUCAACGGCAUCGCCACUGAGGACGGGACCAUGGAGGAGGCCAACCAGCUGCUGCGGGAUGCCGCGCUGGCCCACAAGGUCGUGCUGGAGAUCGAGUUCGACGUGGCGGAGUCUGUCAUCCCGAGUAGCGGCACCUUCCACGUGAAGCUGCCUAAGAGGCGCGGUGUGGAGCUGGGCAUCACCAUCAGCUCGGCCAGCAGGAAGCGAGGGGAGCCCCUGACCAUCUCUGACAUCAAGAAAGGCAGUGUGGCACACAGGACUGGCACCCUCGAGCCAGGGGACAAGCUGCUGGCCAUCGACAAUAUCCGCCUGGACACCUGUGCCAUGGAGGACGCCGUGCAGAUCCUGCGGCAGUGCGAGGACCUGGUGAAGCUGAAGAUCCGGAAGGACGAGGACAACUCUGAUGAGCAGGAGACCACGGGUGCCAUCAGCUACACGGUGGAGCUGAAACGCUACGGGGGCCCCCUGGGCAUCACCAUCUCAGGCACGGAGGAGCCUUUUGACCCCAUUGUCAUCUCCGGCCUCACCAAGCGUGGUCUGGCUGAGAGGACUGGCGCUAUCCACGUUGGGGACCGUAUCCUGGCCAUCAACAGCGUUAGCCUCAAGGGCCGGCCACUGAGUGAGGCCAUCCACCUCCUGCAGGUGGCUGGUGAGACCGUCACACUGAAGAUCAAGAAGCAGCUAGACCGCCCACUUGCACCUCACAAGUCAGGCAGCUUCAGCGAGCCCAGUGAUGCGGAUGAGGACCCGCCAGAGGCACUCAAAGGAGGACAGCUGACGGCCCGGUUCUCGCCCGCUGUGCCGAGCGUGGACAGCGCCUUGGAGUCCUGGGACAGCUCGGCCACAGAGAGUGGCUUUGGGGGCCCAGGUUCCUACACUCCACAGACGACAGCCCGGGCUGUGAACCCCCAGGAGUGGCAGCCCAGCCGGUUGAGAAGCAGCCCCCCACCCACUGAGCCCCGGAGGACGAGCUACACCCCGGCCCCUGCUGACAAGAGCUUCCCCGAGGAGGAGGAAGAGGAGGAUUGGGAGCCACCGACUAGCCCAGCCCCCGGCCCUGCCCACAAGGAGGGCUUCUGGCGCGUGUUUGGGGAAGCCCUCGAAGACCUGGAGUCAUGUGGUCAGUCAGAGCUGCUGAGGGAACUGGAGGCAUCCAUCAUGACGGGCACCGUGCAGAGCGUGGCCCUCGAGGGCAGGCCUGGCCACCGGCCCUGGCGGAGGGGCCGGGAGGUACGCCCUUCCCCGGAGGAGAUGCAGGAGCUGCUGCUGCCAACACCCUUGGAGAUGCACAAGGUGACCCUGUACAAGGACCCCACGAGGAAUGACUUUGGUUUCAGCGUCUCAGACGGCCUCCUGGAGAAGGGUGUCUAUGUCCACACUGUGCGCCCCGAGGGGCCCGCCCAGCGUGGGGGCCUCCAGCCCUUCGACAGGGUCCUCCAGGUCAACCACGUUCGCACGCGGGACUUCGACUGCUGCCUGGCGGUGCCGCUCCUGGCCGAGGCGGGCGACGUGCUGCAGCUGGUCAUCAGCCGCAACCCGCUGGCACAGAGCAGCCGGACCCCGCGAGCACCCGGCCCCAGCAGCCCCCGGAUGCUCUGACGUCGGCGUGGUCGACACCCAAGGGGCACUCCAGCUGAUCCUGGCUCCCAGACCUGUAGCUGGGCUGGAAAAGUGGCCAGCCACAUGUCCAUCUGUCCAUCUGGCAGGCUCUAAGCCACGGACAGGACCUUGUCACUGUUCUCUGGUUCUGUGGAACUGGGGUGCCAGGCAGUGAGGUCCCUGCCCCAAUUGGAGUGGCAUCUCCAGGUCUUUCUCCAUGUUGGGUCUCCAAGAUGCCCAGAGGUGCCCAGCCUAACAGGGACAGGCUGCUCAGCUGGGAGAAGAGGGGUCUGGAGGUGGCCUCAGGUCCCUACUGAGCAUCCUCAGACAGGCGUCUGAUGUGGGGAAGCCUAGCUCAGCGUAGGGAGCGCUUUCUCCCAGUGGAGCUAUGGAGCUGGAAUGAGCUGCCAUGGAGGAGUGAGCUCCGUUAGAGCAGGUGAGCAAGCAGGGGCUGGGCACCCCGUGGGGUUGUUGCCUGAGGGGUGAGGCCUCCCAGUGAUGCCUCCACAUGUGCUCAGAGGGCUAGUUUCCUGACAGGAGCAAUCGGGGUGAGGCUGGGGCCACUUCGGCGGAAGAAAUGAUCGCCAGGAAGGAUGCUGCCCGGGCGGGAGCCACCUCCUCCUCCAGGAUUCUGGUGUUCGGGGCUCGCUGGUUCUGGGAGUCUCUGAGUCCCAGUGUCCCCACUUAGAAGGUUCUGAGCUGGGACGUCUGGAACCCAGGAAGCAUCAGCCCUUUGAUAUGAAAGUUGGUGAUUGUUUCAUUUUGGCGUCUCUGAUCCAAAGCUUCUGAGAUUUGAGGCCGGGGUACUGGGCGCCCUGGGCAGCUCAGUGGCUGGCUUUGGGCUCUCAGCCCCUCCUGCUUCUUUUGUAGGACAUGUGGCCACUAACCCAUCUGCACAGGCCCCUCGGAGCCCAGGCUCCUCCAUGUGGAGGGAGUCAUUUUGGGAUAAAACUGGGGCUCCAUUCACCUGCCACUCAGUGAAGGUGGGAAGCCAUGGAAAUACGAUACAUAAGCUGGUGCAACUACUCCCCAGGGUCCAAUUCAGGGGAGAAGGAGGAGGGCGAAGGAGAGAGAGAGAGAGAGAGAGAGAGAGAGAGAGAGAGAGAGAGAGAGAGAGAGAGAGAGAAAAGAGAGGCUGGAGAGAUGGCCAUUCUCUCUCACACUCAAUGGUGACAGUGUCCAAAGUGGUCAUCCAAGGAAGUUCCUUCCCACUUGAAAUCUGGAAGCACCAGCAUCUCUUAAAAUUGCUUUCCUCAUUUCCACAGACCAGAAGCCCUUUUGGUUGUGAGAAGGGCCCAGGGCCUCCGCCGGGUGGUCUGGUGUGGCCCCUGGGAUGGAGGUGGGCGGGCAGGGUGCAGCCAGGUCUGGGCUUUGCUUUGUCCCCACCCAGCUCUUGAUGGGGGUCUCACAAAAACGGGGCACCCACUCUCACCUGCACCCGCCUUCGCCUCUGUCCCCCCUUGGCCCGAAAAACGUUCUUCCACUCAAGGGACCAGAUCAGGAGUCAAAAGGCCUGUUCCUCCCCCUGACCCCACCCCCCAACUGCUCGGUUGCUGUGUGACCCCCUGUGAGACUGAUGCCCCCCAAUGGACAAUCAAGGGGUGGACAGUCUCUGAGCAGGUUCAGGCCUCCGUGUCCACUGUGGCCCCUCAGCCCCCUGCCCAACUCUCCCCAAGGGCCUGCCUCCCUGGAGAGCCCUUAUGCCCUGGCUGGACUGCCCAGUGCCUCUACUCUCUUGGAUGUCUGCGGGAACAUCCACCCAUUACAGGGGCACCAAGCAAGAGCCAAGAACCCUCAGCUUGGGGUGAGGGCACAGCAGAGACAUGGCCACUUGCAGCCUCACCUGUGUGACUUUAGGAAAGUGGCUCAGCCUCUCUGGGCCUCUGUCACUUGACAGAGUUGGACAGAACACACUCCCGGGGCCUUUGACUUGGGGACGCUGCACUGGACUGCAGGCGAAGGAAGAUGCACCCUAACCCUGACCAAUGCUCCCCUUCCUCCUGGGGCUGGGGCCUCUGCCAUUCCCCUUCCCCAUCCACGUAUGCAACGGGACCUGGAGGCUCGGCGGGUGGACUCCUUGCUGUGGCCGCCUUCUCAUAUGCAAUAUUUCUUCUGGCUUCUCAUGGGGAUGUUCAUCCCAGACUUGACGUUUCCUGACACCCGUCCCGGUGAGCGUCCUGCCUGCCUAUGCAUUUUGGGUACAGUCCUUGCAACACUCCCCUCCCACCCCUAAAAGCUGUAUUUUUCUCUGGCUGAGAUGAGAGCAUAUUCCUUGUAAAGUAUUUUUCUACAUGGGGUUUCUUAGGGCUCUCGGGAAGCACUACAAGCCAAGGGGCUGCACUGCAAAGGCCAUUUGGGGUGUUUGCACCCCGUGUCAAUCUGUCUGUCCCACCAGGGACUGCAGUGACUUGGGAGUUGGGGGUGGGGUGCU